AGGCAGGGCCCCCCCCUUCCGCCGAAUGUCGAGACGCCGAGAAAGAAAGCGCUCACGUUCAGCCUCCUGGGGGCCCUCGCCGUGCCCCGGGGCCGUCGAACAUGGCUCAGGAUUGCGCGAGGGCGACGUCGAGGGGUUGGGAGUGGUCGCGCGGGAGCCGGCUUUCCAGAUGCCACCGCCACGGUUUGGGCGCGGAGUUCGCCAUCAUCGCGCGAGUCCCGACGGAGUGUUUGCAUUGGCAUUCCUCGCGGCGGCAAGCUGGCAGGUGCUGGCCCCACAGGCAUCCAGGCACCCAGCCAUGGUGACGUGCCACGGCUACCCGGAGAGGAUGUCCGACCACCCGCGGCAGCGUCGACCCCGUGUUGUGGCGUCUGCUCAGGCUCAUGAAGCGGUCAUCGUUGGAGUUGGCGCUUAUAUUCGCAACAGUCAGGUGGCUUUGAUGUUAUAUUAUCUCGAUCUCUAGUGUCAAAUCGGGCACGCGUCUCCAUGCAGGAGGAGUCGAUCGUAGUCGAGAAAAAGAAUAGGGUGACGAUGGUCCGUGCUCUUUCGGCUAUGUUUGAUUCCGUGUUGACAAUGUUCUAUUUUGUUUCCCAAGAUCCGCCUGUAGGAGGACAUGCCCGACCUCAGUCCAGUGGCCGGCGGCCCAUCCCGCAACCUGUGCUGGGGCCGUGGACGGAAGGCCCCUCUGCUGCUCAGGGGCCUCCUGGGGGCCUCCGGAGGCAUCGCAGGGGUCUGCUGGCGGUCUCGGAUGCCACCUGUGGGCGGAGGGCUCGAAAAGGUAUUUCGAACUCGUGGCCCCCUCCCUGGGCAAGCCUUGGGAGCCGCGCGACUCUACAGACUCUCCUGCCCUUGAACCUCUACGGCUUCUGAAUUCUUGGGCGCGCGGCUCUUUGGCUGCGACUUUGGGCUCUUUGGCGCGCUCUUUGGGCGGAGGGCUCCAAAAGUCGAAGAAGAAAAAACGCCAUAAACAUAAACUCUUGGCGCUCAGCGCGGAUUUCUUGGAUCCGCGCUGGGCCCACCCGGUGGCGCCUCCGGCGCCGCCCCUGGCGCGCGCAGAUCCAAGAAAUCCGCGCGGACCGUCGAAAGUUUGCGUGUAUGCCGUUUUUUGCUGUUCUUAAUAGGCAAUUCGAGUUCUCGGCGCCCCCCUGGGCAAGUCUUGGAAGCCGCUCGUGCCACAGGGAGCCCGAGGACACUCCGCUCCGUGCCUAGCGGCACGGAGGCGGAUUUGGUACCGCUGUGUUUGCCUUUGGUGCUGCGGUCACUGCUGGAGCGCGUGGAAUGAACUACCUUGGUAUGCUCAUCGUUGGAGUUUUUACAGCCGUUGGUGGCGGCACUCUCCGGGACGCGCUGUUAUUGCCUGGGGUGGUCGCAUCUCGGGGUGCAUUGGGAUGCUUCUGGUUAUGUGACACCACAUAUCUAACAAUUGCUCUGUGGGCAAGCGCUGCCGCAGUCGUUUUAUGGCCGCGCAUCACGCGAAAAAUGUUGCCAGAAGUUACCGCUGCCGGAAGUGUCGAGGCAGUUUUGCCAGGCUGGGCUUGGCUGGACCACCUGUCUUUGGGCACGUUUGCGGUGAUGGGCGCACGUGCGGGCCUGCUGGCCAACACGGCCCUGCUGGGCGCAGUCCUCUGUGGAGGGAUGACCGCGUGCGGCGGCGGGGUGGUCCGUGACGUGCUGACGGGGAGGCCGCCGCGCGUGCUCCACUCGAGCGCGGAGAUGUACCUGACGCCGGCGUUCCUCGGUGCCGCGGCGUGCGCGGGGGUGACGAUCGUAGCUGCGCGCCGCAUACCCGCCGGGUGCCAGAUGGGAGCCGUGCUGGAGCCCGUUGCCGCCGUUCUGGGUGUGCUCGUCACGGUGGUCGGCCGCGCGGCAGCAGUGCGCUGGGACUGGCGGGUGCCAACCAUGGGUGGGUCAAGAUGAUGGCGUUUGCAGUGGGAUUGGCGGUUGCUGGCGCUGCUGGGGUUGAUUCGGGGAUGAGCCAGACUGGAUUGGGGACGGGAGCAUGGGCAUGAAAUGAUGCUCACAACCGCCACCGCACAUAGCAUAGUGGACAUGAUUCGGUGUAAACUCGCGAGGUUGAGACGCUCAGCCAAAUGUGUACAUCAUGUUUCGGACUAAAGCCUGCAUCCAUGAGUGUACAUAGGUGUGGUUCCCAUUGGAUUCCCAUGGCCCCACCGCAGUCUCAAGCAGCUAGCUGCUGCACCGCUUGCUUCCGAUUGUCGCGACAACAUCUGCGGAGUCAGAAUGAUGAGUUUCUGAACGCCUGGGGUGUGCUUGUGGUGCCAAACCCGAAGACCGAUGGCGAAGGCACGGCGGAAGGACCCACA